AUGGAGAGAGGGUUGUUUCGGCUGAUUCUGGUUUUGGUGAUGGCUGUACUUGGCUGCAAGGCUGAUUGUGAUUUUGUGGCAGAUGGUGAAUACAUCAAGGUCAGACGUAGCACAUUUGCAGUCCUGAUAGUUUUUGCGUUCCUAGUAGUCGGCAUCGCCAUCGCGAUCACCAAAUACCUGAGGAACAAGAAGAAAGCAAACGAAACCACUACAGAAUCAUCACUAAAAUCAUCACAAGGCAACUACAGAGUACAUAAAGGGGAGGUGAACAGCAAGUGGUCAGGCUUGUACAAAUUCACCAAGGAGGAGAUCGAGAGAGCGAUCAACUAUGCGAGCAGCAGGAUCUACCUCGGCUCAGGUAGCGCAGGGCAGGUGUACCAGGGGGUGCUACCCAGUGGGCAGCUUGUUGCAAUCAAGCACAUUCACAAGACGGCGAUGUCAGGGUCCUUCAUGAGGGAGGUGGACCAGCUGUCCAAGGUGAGGCACCCCAACCUGGUGUGCCUCUUCGGCUACUGUGAUGAGGGAGAUCAGUACCUGGUGUAUGAGUACUGUGCCAAUGGAAACCUUGCCCAGAGCUUACUCAGAAGUGACUCUGUGCUACCAUGGGAAACAAGAGUGAAGAUCCUGAGGGAUUGUGCUUCUGUCCUGAGGUUUCUUCACACACACCCCGAUGGAUGUAUUGUCCAUAGAGACAUCAAGCUCACAAACAUCUUGCUGACAGAGAACCAGGUGCCAAAGCUGGCUGAUUUCGGGCUGGCAAAAAUGCUAGAAAUGGAGGAGACCAAGGUGUUCACAGAUGUGAGGGGAACCAUUGGGUACAUGGAUCCCGAGUACAUCACACACUCCAAGCUCACUUGUUCCAGUGACAUAUACAGUUUUGGUGUUGUCGCUCUGCAGCUUCUGUCAGGAAGGAAGGUCAUAGAACUUGACAUUGUUGCACGUGAUUCACUUACGAAGAAGGCCAAGGAUGUAGUGAGCGGGAAAAAGCCACUGGAGGAAUUCAUAGAUCCACGAGUUAGGGAUGAUGUUAUCAUAGAAGAUUUCGUGUUAAUACUGAAAAUCGCAGUCCUUUGUGUUGCGAGUUCAAGUGUAGGGCGCCCCACCAUAAAGGAUGUGUUCGAGGAGAUGGACAAAGCCUUGAGAAAUACAACCAUAAAGACUAAAGUAAGGAAGGAGAUGAAUGCAGCAAAUUUGAUCGGUCAAUAUGCAAAAGUGUUGGAUGUAUAG